AGGUCAGUCAGUGAUAAUAUCAUGUAUUGAGUAAAAAUUAUAACGCUGCCAGUGCAACAGCAAAGAUGAGUGUCAACUUUGUAGAUUAUUUUGCCAACGAACACAAUGGAUAUGAUAUUCUAUAUCAAAACAUGAAAUACGGACUCAUAGCUAGUAAAGAACUCUCAGAGUAUUUCAGAGAGAGAUCUAACAUAGAAGAAUCAAAUUCGAAACUUUUAGCAAAACUUGCAAAACAGGCUAAUAGCAACUGUGCUCAAGGCACUUUCGCUCCGUUCUGGAGCGUUCUCAAAUGUUCCGCUGAGAAGUUAUCAAACUUACACCAGCAUAUGUUUCAAAAAGUCAGUGAAUUGGUUAAAGAUGUUGCCCGUUAUGCUGAUGAACUACACAAGAAACAUAAAGCUGUUAAAGACUCUGAAUCUAGUACUCUUGAAGUUGUUUUACUGAUUCAAAACACCAAACAAGCUCUACAGAAAGCUAAAGAUGUAUAUACUGCUAAAUCUGGAGAACUUGAGAAACUACGUAAAGAUAAUUCUUCUGCUAAAGAUAUAGAGAAAGCAGAGGUAAAAUUGAAAAAGCUUCAUGAAGAUUAUAGACAGUUGGCUGAGAAAUAUAGCUUUGUAAAACAAGAUUUUGAAAAGAAGAUGACUCAAACUUGUAAGCACUUUCAAGAUGUGGAAGAAGCUCAUUUAAAACAAAUGAAACAAUUCUUUAAUUCAUAUGCUGACCUCAUACAAAACAAUCAUGACCUCAUGGGCCAAGUGCAUAGGGAUUUUAAACAUCAGUGCUUAGAAUUAACUGUUGAAAAAUUAUUAGAGCAGUUUUUAAUGGAAAAGUACUCUGCCAUUGAAAAAGGUAAUCUCGUUGAACUACCUCCCACAUUACCUAAACCAAGUUCAGCAAAUAAUUCCAUUUCAGAAACAGACCAAAUUUCCUCUGUAUCUAAUGGUUCACAUAAACCUCAAGUCACAAAGGCUCCUAAAAAGGAACCAUCAUUUGCUACAAAAACUUCAAGAAGGACUACAUCUCUGUUAAACUUGUUUACUCCCAAUUUUCAAAGCAAGGAUGAGCCAAGUGUUAACCCAGAGGGUGCAGCACCCUGUUCAGCUCCUUCUAGUCCUAGUGGGACUCCAGCUACACCAGUGACAACAGAAAAGGAUGAAAAUAUGAACAGGUCCACAUUGCGAGAGUCAAAAUGGUUCCGUAGAACUAAGACAAAAUUAAAAAAAUCAAAAAAGAAAAAAGAUGAAAUAUCAGAAAACUCUAAUGCUGGUGAGAAAUCUGAUUUAGAAGAGAAAGAAGAAGAGGGUAACAUAAAGGAGGAUGUUAUAAAUUCACCAGAAGUUGAUGAAGAAGGUUACUGUAUUAGACCUAAAGAUGAUAAAGGUAGUGUGUAUUCCUCAACAGACUCCGAUUCAGAUGAAGAAAGGGAGCAGAAAAUUCAUGUUGAAAUUAAACCAAUUAGCAAUGGAAAUCCACCUAUGUCUGCAAGUGUUGAUGAAUUGAGAGCUACCGUUGAAAAUAUUUCUCUUUACAAAAUAGGUACUACAAGACGUGGGUCCAAUGCAAACGCUAGUAAAGCUAGUACAGACUUGGUUGAUUUGAACUUGUUUCCAAGUCCCACUGUUAGUAACCCAACAUCACCACAUGCUAAUCUGUCCAAUCCCUAUGCACCUCUUCAAGGAAAUCAGUCCCAUUUCUUAGAAAGUCCAACUCCAGUUACAUCUACAAAUGAUGUUAGUGAUAUGUUCACAGAAGUUGGUGAUGUGACUCAAUCUAAUUUUAGAACUUCAACACCAACAAUAUCUACCAUUUCUCUUCCCCGACCCCCUUCAAGGCGUUCAGAAGGAGAUUUUCGCACUGCGGGUUCAUCAGGGUCCAGGGGUCCUUCCCCAUUAACUAUAGGAAUGGCAGAUACUAUUCCACUAGCUGUUGCAUUUCAUGAAAUCAUCCAUUCAUAUUUUAAAGGAACAGAAGAAUCAAAGUGCCAAGUUAAGAUGUCUGGGGACAUGAUGUUGUCUUUUCCUACUGGCAUAGUUGGAGUACUGGCUAAUAAUCCAAAUCCAGCAAAGCUUUGUUUCAGACUUAAAAAUAUUCACAGGUUGGACAAUGUACUGCCAAAUAAACAACUAAUAAGUAUUAACACCAUGAUGUCGACUAGGGAUAGUACUGUACUGGAAUUUAACAUGCUAUCAUUGACAACUUUACUGAAACGACAAUCUGAAAAAAAUCCAACAGCUCAAUACUUCAAUGUUGAUAUUUUAAAAUAUCAGAUUCGCCCAAAAACUGGAGCUGCUUCAUGUCCAUUACAAAUGGUGUCUUAUUGGAAAUGUGAACAAGAUCAUACUGAUCUUAAAAUGGAUUACAAGUACAACUUGCAUGCUAUGAGUCCUCCUUCUCCUUUGCUAAAUGUAUCAGUUUGUGUGCCAAUGACUGGAUCAGUCCGCAAUGUAAUAGCCAUGCCAAAGACAAUUUGGAAUGGUGAAAUGGAACAAGCUUUCUGGCGGUUCACUGAGCUUUCCCAACAUUCUGAGGAUCGCGGUGUAGGGUCUCUGAAGGCUAGGUUUGAAUUAAACAAAGGUCCAUCAAAUAAGGCUACAAUCUCUGCUCAAUUUAAUUGUGAGGGCGCAACUUUAUCUGGAAUUGAAUUUGAGCUCAUCGGAAGUGGUUACCGCCUCUCACUUGUAAAACGUCGCUUUGUAUCUGGCAAAUACAUAUGUGAUAGUGACAUGCAUUAAUAUAUUUUGUACAUUUUAAUUAAAAUGCUGUAGGUAUAUGAGGCAAAGUUUUAGAGAAUAUUUAAGUUUUGUACCUUAUAGGACUGUUUCCUGUCCAAAAAAGAUUUGUUUCUUUAAUAUUAGAUGUAAAUCUCGAUAAUAACUAUAGUUAUAGUUACUUCAAUGUAAUUAUUAACAGCAUUUUAUAUUUAAAGUAUAUUCACUGAACUAACUUAUUUUCUCAAAUUAGUAAUGUGCCAUUAUUCUUACUCUGUAUAAUAUUACAUUAAACAUCCAUGUAUAAAGAAAACCAUCACAUUUUAGGUACAUUAGUAAAAUUAGUUAUUGCACCAAGAAAAAUAAGCUUUAAGAAAGUGAGUUGAUUAAACUAUGUAUCAGGAAAAUUAUAAAGUAAAUGUUUUAACGCUUUAUAUCUAAACAUUGCUAUCUACCUCUUGGGGUCAAUAUGAAGUUGAUACAUACCAUAUAUAUAUAUAUAUAUUGUAUAUGUAGUUUUGUUUUAGUUACAUGAAGAAAAAAAAUCAGUAUGUGCAAUAUUUUGGUUUUCUAUAAUUC